AUGGAUAAGAACGGUCGGCGAGGCGGAGGCCGUUGUCUCGAGGAAGACGUUGUCUCGGGGAAGCAGACUGGACAGGGUUCACAGGCAAGGCAGAGUGGCUUCAGGUCUGCUACCGGCAUCGCGUGGGCACAAAGAAGGAAGGCUGAGGUAUUUCCCGAGAGCCAGGAAGUGUGCCUAGGACUAGAGCCCGCCAGAAGGAAGGCUGAGGUAUUUCCCGAGAGCCAGGAAGUGUGCCUAGGACUAGAGCCUGCCAGAAGGAAGGCUGAGGUAUUUCCCGAGAGCCAGGAAGUGUGCCUAGGACUAGAGACCGCCAGAAGGAAGGCUGAGGUAUUUCCCGAGAGCCAGGAAGUGUGCCUAGGACAAGAGCCCGCCAGAAGGAAGGCUGAGGUAUUUCCCGAGAGCCAGGAAGUGUGCCUAGGGCUAGAGCCCGCCAGAAGGAAGGCUGAGGUAUUUCCCGAGAGCCAGGAAGUGUGCCUAGGACUAGAGCCCGCCAGAAGGAAGGCUGAGGUAUUUCCCGAGAGCCAGGAAGUGUGCCUAGGACUAGAGCCCGCCAGAAGGAAGGCUGAGGUAUUUCCCGAGAGCCAGGAAGUGUUCCUAGGGCUAGAGCCCGCCAGAAGGAAGGCUGAGGUAUUUCCCGAGAGCCAGGAAGUGUGCCUAGGACUAGAGCCCGCCAGAAGGAAGGCUGAGGUAUUUCCUGAGAGCCAGGAAGUGUGUCUAGGACUAGAGCCCGCCAGAAGGAAGGCUGAGGUAUUUCCCGAGAGCCAGGAAGUGUGCCUAGGACUAGAGCCCGCCAGAAGGAAGGCUGAGGAAGUGUUCCUAGGACUAGAGCCCGCCAGAAGGAAGGCUGAGGUAUUUCCCGAGAGCCAGGAAGUGUGCCUAGGACUAGAGCCCGCCAGAAGGAAGGCUGAGGUAUUUCCCAAGAGCCAGGAAGUGUGCCUAGGACUAGAGCCCGCCAGAAGGAAGGCUGAGGUAUUUCCCGAGAGCCAGGAAGUGUGCCUAGGACUAGAGCCCGCCAGAAGGAAGGCUGAGGUAUUUCCCGAGAGCCAGGAAGUGUGCCUAGGACUAGAAACCGCCAGAAGGAAGGCUGAGGUAUUUCCCGAGAGCCAGAAAGUGUGCCUAGGACUAGAGCCCGCCAGAAGGAAGGCUGAGGUAUUUCCCGAGAGCCAGGAAGUGUGCCUAGGACUAGAGCCCGCCAGAAGGAAGGCUGAGGUAUUUCCCGAGAGCCAGGAAGUGUGCCUAGGACUAGAGCCCGCCAGAAGGAAGGCUGAGGUAUUUCCCGAGUGCCAGGAAGUGUGCCUAGGACUAGAGCCCGCCAGAAGGAAGGCUGAGGUAUUUCCUGAGUGCCAGGAAGUGUGCCUAGGACUAGAGCCCGCCAGAAGGAAGGCUGAGGUAUUUCCCGAGAGCCAGGAAGUGUGCCUAGGACUAGAGCCCGCCAGAAGGAAGGCUGAGGUAUUUCCCGAGUGCCAGGAAGUGUGCCUAGGACUAGAGCCCGCCAGAAGGAAGGCUGAGGUAUUUCCCGAGUGCCAGGAAGUGUGCCUAGGACUAGAGCCCGCCAGAAGGAAGGCUGAGGUAUUUCCCGAGAGCCUGGAAGUGUGCCUAGGACUAGAGCCCGCCAGAAGGAAGGCUGAGGUAUUUCCCAAGAGCCAGGAAGUGUGCCUAGGACUAGAGCCCGCCAGAAGGAAGGCUGAGGUAUUUCCCGAGAGCCAGGAGGUGUGCCUAGGACUAGAGCCCGCCAGAAGGAAGGCUGAGGUAUUUCCCGAGAGCCAGGAAGUGUGCCUAGGACUAGAGCCCGCCAGAAGGAAGGCUGAGGUAUUUCCCGAGAGCCAGGAAGUGUGCCUAGGACUAGAGCCCGCCAGAAGGAAGGCUGAGGCAUUUCCCGAGAGCCAGGAAGUGUGCCUAGGACUAGAGCCCGCCAGAAGGAAGGCUGAGGUAUUUCCCGAGUGCCAGGAAGUGUGCCUUGGACUAGAGCCCGCCAGAAGGAAGGCUGAGGUAUUUCCCGAGAGCCUGGAAGUGUGCCUAGGACUAGAGCCCGCCAGAAGGAAGGCUGAGGUAUUUCCCAAGAGCCAGGAAGUGUGCCUAGGACUAGAGCCCGCCAGAAGGAAGGCUGAGGUAUUUCCCGAGAGCCAGGAGGUGUGCCUAGGACUAGAGCCCGCCAGAAGGAAGGCUGAGGUAUUUCCCGAGAGCCAGGAAGUGUGCCUAGGACUAGAGCCCGCCAGAAGGAAGGCUGAGGUAUUUCCCGAGAGCCAGGAAGUGUGCCUAGGACUAGAGCCCGCCAGAAGGAAGGCUGAGGCAUUUCCCGAGAGCCAGGAAGUGUGCCUAGGACUAGAGCCCGCCAGAAGGAAGGCUGAAGUAUUUCCCGAGAGCCAGGAAGUGUGCCUAGGACUAGAGCCCGCCAGAAGGAAGGCUGAGGUAUUUCCCGAGAACCAGGAAGUGUGCCUAGGACUAGAGCCCGCCAGAAGGAAGGCUGAGGUAUUUCCCGAGUGCCAGGAAGUGUGCCUAGGACUAGAGCCCGCCAGAAGGAAGGCUGAGGUAUUUCCCAAGAGCCAGGAAGUGUUCCUUGGACUAGAGCCCGCCAGAAGGAAGGCUGAGGUAUUUCCCGAGAGCCAGGAAGUGUGCCUAGGACUAGAGCCCGCCAGAAGGAAGGCUGAGGUAUUUCCCGAGAGCCAGAAAGUGUGCCUAGGACUAGAGCCCGCCAGAAGGAAGGCUGAGGUAUUUCCCGAGAGCCAGGAAGUGUGCCUAGGACUAGAGCCCGCCAGAAGGAAGGCUGAGGUAUUUCCCAAGAGCCAGGAAGUGUGCCUAGGACUAGAGCCCGCCAGAAGGAAGGCUGAGGUAUUUCCCAAGAGCCAGGAAGUGUGCCUAGGACUAGAGCCCGCCAGAAGGAAGGCUGAGGUAUUUCCCGAGAGCCAGGAAGUGUGCCUAGGACUAGAGCCCGCCAAAAGGAAGGCUGAGGUAUUUCCCGAGAGCCAGGAAGUGUGCCUAGGACUAGAGCCCGCCAGAAGGAAGGCUGAGGUAUUUCCCGAGAGCCAGGAAGUGUUCCUAGGACUAGAGCCCGCCAGAAGGAAGGCUGAGGCAUUUCCCGAGAGCCAGGAAGUGUGCCUAGGACUAGAGCCCGCCAGAAGGAAGGCUGAGGCAUUUCCUGAGAGCCAGGAAGUGUGCCUAGGACUAGAGCCCGCCAGAAGGAAGGCUGAGGUAUUUCUCGAGUGCCAGGAAGUGUGCCUAGGACUAGAGCCCGCCAGAAGGAAGGCUGAGGUAUUUCCCGAGAGCCAGGAAGUGUGCCUAGGACUAGAGCCCGCCAGAAGGAAGGCUGAGGUAUUUCCCAAGAGCCAGGAAGUGUGCCUAGGACUAGAGCCCGCCAGAAGGAAGGCUGAGGUAUUUCCCAAGAGCCAGGAAGUGUGCCUAGGACUAGAGCCCGCCAGAAGGAAGGCUGAGGUAUUUCCCGAGAGCCAGGAAGUGUGCCUAGGACUAGAGCCCGCCAGAAGGAAGGCUGAGGUAUUUCCCGAGAGCCAGGAAGUGUUCCUAGGGCUAGAGCCCGCCAGAAGGAAGGCUGAGGUAUUUCCCGAGAGCCAGGAAGUGUGCCUAGGACUAGAGCCCGCCAGAAGGAAGGCUGAGGUAUUUCCCAAGAGCCAGGAAGUGUGCCUAGGACUAGAGCCCGCCAGAAGGAAGGCUGAGGUAUUUCCCAAGAGCCAGGAAGUGUGCCUAGGACUAGAGCCCGCCAGAAGGAAGGCUGAGGUAUUUCCCGAGAGCCAGGAAGUGUUCCUAGGACUAGAGCCCGCCAGAAGGAAGGCUGAGGUAUUUCCCGAGAGCCAGGAAGUGUUCCUAGGACUAGAGCCCGCCAGAAGGAAGGCUGAGGUAUUUCCCGAGAGCCAGGAAGUGUGCCUAGGACUAGAGCCCGCCAGAAGGAAGGCUGAGGUAUUUCCCGAGAGCCAGGAAGUGUGCCUAGGACUAGAGCCUGCCAGAAGGAAGGCUGAGGUAUUUCCCGAGAGCCAGGAAGUGUUCCUAGGACUAGAGCCCGCCAGAAGGAAGGCUGAGGUAUUUCCCGAGAGCCAGGAAGUGUGCCUAGGACUAGAGCCCGCCAGAAGGAAGGCUGAGGUAUUUCCCAAGAGCCAGGAAGUGUGCCUAGGACUAGAGCUGCCAGAAGGAAGGCUGAGGUAUUUCCCGAGAGCCAGGAAGUGUUCCUAG